AUGGAUUCGUCAAUCAGUUCCCUUCAUGAGGAAAAACUCGGCUUUAUGGCUGUGCCCUUGACUCAAAGGCCUACCACUGGCUGGAUGCUCAAAACCGACUUGCUUGCGUACGGUGGGGUUUUGGCUCUUGUUUGCCCUCUUUUGCUAGCUCUUUAUAACUAUUAUUUCCAUCCCAUAGCACAUGUCAGAGGCCCUUUCAUUGCAUCUAUAUCUCCUAUCUGGCUUAUUCGGUCAGUAUCGGGGCAUCGACUGAACAAUGAUAUUGAGCGAGUCCACGCAAAGUAUGGACCCGUUGUUCGAAUUGGCCCCAACGAAUUGUCGUUCGCAACCGAAGAGGCCCUCAAGACGAUUCAUAAUCCCGGGCUGGACAGCGGCCACUUCACGAAGCAGGGAACCAUCGAGUCGCUUCUCGCAAAACUCAUUUGGGCCGCGCCGAACCUACUCACGACCACCGAUAGGACGGCUCACAGACGGCUCAGAACUGCGUUGCAGCCUGCCUUUACGGCCAAGGCGCUGAUGGAGCAGGAAGACAUUGUCCUGCACCACGUCAACAGGGCUGUCGAGAGCUUAGGCGCAGAACUGACCGACAAAACGACCGUUAGCAUCAGCCAUCAUGUCGGUAAAAUGAUUUGGAGUAUUGUUGGUGACCUGUCGUUUGGAGAGCCGCUAUUGCAUGACCAGAUGAGCACGUAUGAGAAGAUGAAGUACACCUAUGGCAAAGGGGCGCCUCUGUUGGAGCUGUUCCAGUUCUUGACCGAAAUUCCAAUCUUUGGCGGGCUUGCGAAGCUGCCGGUCAUGACCGUGCCGCACGUAUUUCGAGUCCCGAAGAACUUUCUUUUGAUGAACCAGCUCAGAGGAUGCAUCGAACGACAAGGUGGGCGGAAGGACUUCCUCACCGCCAUCCUCUCCGCGAAGGAGUCGGCAGGCCUGACCCAAGCUGAAAUCCUGAGCAACUCCGCUCUUUUCGCUAUGGUCGGCUAUGACACCUCGGCCACGACUCUGUCCGCCGUGUUCUACCACGUGCUUCGGGAACCCGACCACUACAGACGGAUCCAGAAAGAGGUCCAUGGCGCUUAUUCGUCGGUCUCGGAGAUCACGGCGCAGAGCGUGCUGCGUCUCUCGUACCUGAACGCGUGCGUCCAGGAGACGCUCCGCCUCACGCCGCCCAUCAACGGGCGCGGGUCGCACCGCAUCUCUCCGGGCGCCAUGAUCGACGGACUCUACGUGCCCAAGGGCGUUAACGUGUCGGCCGACAUCUGGACGAUUCAGCGCAGGCCCGAGUACUGGGCGCUCGCGGACAAGUUCAGGCCCGACCGGUGGACUCACAACGGCCCGGGGACCGUGUUCGAGCACGAUGUUCGGACGAGCUACCGGCCCUUCCUGGUGGGACCCCGGGUGUGCAUUGGUCGCGAGAUGGCGCUGCAAUCCAUCCGUCUGACCGUGACCAAGAUCGCUUUCGUCUACGACCUGGAGAUGGCGAACCGGGACACUUUCGUGUGGGAGAGGGACGCCGGGAACGAUUAUGUCUGGCACGACUACAAUGUUUUGGUGAGAAAGGCGGCCUAG